UUUUUUUUCGUAGAAAAUCAGUUGUUUAUUCAAAACGACGAACACGUGCUCUUACUACUACGAAAUCAAAAAUUGAACCGGAACCAAUUCAUAUGACACGACGUACAACAAGAAAACAAAAACAAACCAAUGAAAGCGAUACAACAACUAAUCGACAAACUCGAAAACGUAAACAAUCAAUAUCUGAUGAUGAUGGAAAUAAUAAUACCGUUGCUUUACGUAAGAAAAAAGCUGUGCCACCUCCAGCAAAACCUAAGACAAGAAAAACAAGAGCUAAAAAGAUAAAAGAAGUACCUAUUCGAGAACCAUCACCACUACCUAUUAUUGAUAAGACAACACAUUAUUCUACUCGUUUUUCAACACGUUCUCAUCGAAUAAACAAUGGUACAUUAUCAUCGACAAUGAUGACUGAUGAUGAUAAUAAUAAUAAAUCAACUCGAGUUCGCACAAAAUCUGUUGGUCGACCUCGUAAUGAUCAAACUGUUGCAACAAAUCGUUCACAUGCAAAUAAAAAUCAAUCGAAAUCACGUGCUAAAUCUAUGGUGGCUACAAGAGGUCGUAAAAAAUAG